CUGACACGUGAUCUUUUUGCAUAAUAUUCUUACGUGCGGGUCUUUUAUGUUGUGUUGCUUUUUCCUUUUGUUUUGACAUUCUGUGAAUUUAUCUUGCAAUGAAACACUGAUUUUAGAUUAUUGGCAUUAAUAGCACAGUCUUCAAGAAGUGGAACCGAGCAAUUUUAUUAGAGCGCUACUUAAAAAAUAAUAUGUGCAGAUCUGGUCAGACAGGUUUGAUGUAGAGUUCAUGUUAGAGUAUGUUAUUGCCUCUAGGAACUGCUGCAGUUUUUUGCCAUGAGUUGUAAUGAAGAUAACAACAUAUGGGACUUGGCAUUCACAACAUCUUUGUCACCUGUUUGUUGCACGUGCUGUGCAGAUUUGCAGUUGAAAUUUUGACUAAAUUUAUUCUCUACACAUUUCCCUUGAGGAGUAGGAGCAGUAUUACUGCUAGUAGUACACGUUUCAGUGUGCUGGUAAGCUGAAGGUUCAUUUCUGGGGUAAGUACACCUGGGUGCACUGUUAGGUGGAAUGUCUUUUUAGAAAUGUUCUCCAGCUUUUCAUGUCUUAUCAAAAUGUUCUUCUGCUUUUUAUGCCUUUUUAAAGUUUGCUUUCUUUUAUGUGAAACGAAUAACAAAUGUUUCUAUGAUACUGUUUUCAUGGUAAUGGUCUGUCUUAUGUUAGUUAUAAAAUGUACGAACAUACUGUGCUAAUUAACAAUAUAUCACGAUUAAGAUUUUCACAGCACUAGCUUUGCCCAAGAAGAGCUUCUGUCAUUGUUUCACUGCAGGGCUUUAGCAGCUGCUUUUAUGCUUAGUAACAAACUUGCAGCAGGGUGUUCCCUAAUUUCUGUAGAGUCAUCUCAAUUUCUCUCAGCCAAACUGCUGAAUGAAAGUGGGAAGGGAAAGGAAAAAAACAAACCAACUUGACAAGGCUGGGAGCUACGACUGCAGUUGAUGUUCAAUUUGGAUAAUUUAAAAUAAUCUGUGGACAUUGCCUGUUUGCAGACAACCUUAUUCAUUUCUCUGAAUAAGGAACGAUAGCCUUUUAUUUCUAACAUUUGGCAUGGAAAAGGAGUCUUUACCAUCCCUCCUCUCUGUUUUCUUUUUUUAAUGGCACACCUCAUGGAUAUGCCUGUGCUGUCUCCUCUGGUACAUUAGUGCUUUCUUGUGUUGUUGUGCCCUUUCGGUCACCUGAAGGUGAAAAGGGAGACCAGGAAAAGCACUUGACUGGACCUCGAAUAUUGGUGAAAACUGGCAAAACGGAGUUAAACAAUUAUAUUAAGCUUCAAAAACUUGGGGUGUCUGUGACCUUGAAAUGCCAGCCCACGGUUGUGGCUUCGCUAAUGAACAUUGUGAUGGUUAUAACUGGAAAGGCCUCUGUCGUCUUUUUCAGUUGAUACCAGAUCCUUCAGGGGUCUUGCUUUUAUUUUGUUCAUCUGGCACAGUAUCAAAAUCCAUUAAACGGUCAAAUAGCUGCAUGUGUCAGACUGCCUUGUCAUAACCAUCAGAAUGUACGAGAACGGGUUUUUAUCUCCCAAAAAUAUUCGCUGCCGUUUAAUCAGCUGCCAGAACUUCACAUUCAGAUGAAGGAGCAGAGAAGUUUUGUUUAUGACUGAACGUAGUUUAACUCCAGGUCUGAACAUUGUACCCAUUUGCAACUGUUCAGAGCUAUUCUUCCUGUUUGGGAGAUGGGGAAACUUGCCAUCUUAGUGGAGUACAGCUUGACAGUUUGGUCAGUUAUUGGAGGGGGAGUGGUAAGCUGGUGGAGGUAAGUUUCCCAUUUCCCAGUUGGCUCCGGUUGCAGCCCACCCCGUUGCACGCUGGCUGUGGUGGGGGUGCCUGCGCUGCAGUGGGACCAGUGACAGAAGCUGUUCUUUAGAAUUUUCAGGAUGGCUGUUUUCUGCGUCAGAAUGAGGCAGUCCUGCUGGGCAGAGCCAACGCCAAGAGCAAAGGCGUUCGUUGUGAAACAUCUUUUGGAGUAUACCCAACAGAGUGAGUCCAACCUGCAGUACAGCUUGUUUUUAGUUUUUGGCAUCUUUAUGACGGAAAUAGUGCGGUCUUGGUCCCUGGCGCUAACGUGGGCCUUGAACUACCGCACGGGGGUUAGACUGCGUGGAGCCAUCCUCACAAUGGCAUUUAAGAAAAUUCUCAAGCUGAAGAACAUCAAGGAGAAAUCUCUUGGCGAGCUCAUAAAUGUGUGUUCCAAUGACGGUCAAAGGAUGUUUGAAGCUGCAGCAGUUGGCAGUUUGUUGGCUGGGGGCCCCAUCGUGGCCAUCUUAGGAAUGGUUUACAAUGUAAUUAUCCUGGGCCCAACAGGCUUCUUGGGCUCUGCUGUCUUCAUCCUUUUCUACCCAGCGAUGAUGUUUGUAUCGCGCCUCACUGCUUAUUUCAGAAGAAAAUGUGUAUCAACAACAGAUGAACGUGUGCAGAAGAUGAACGAAGUUCUUAAUUACAUUAAGUUCAUUAAAAUGUAUGCCUGGGUCAAACCGUUUUCUCAGAAUGUUCAAAAAAUCCGUGAGGAAGAGCGUAAAAUCUUGGAGCGUGCGGGCUACUUCCAGAGCAUCACUGUGGGAGUGGCUCCCAUAGUGGUAGUCAUUGCCAGCGUGGUGACCUUUUCUGUCCAUAUGAUACUUGGCUAUGAUCUUACAGCAGCUCAGGCAUUCACAGUGGUCACUGUCUUUAACUCGAUGACUUUUGCUCUGAAAGUAACACCUUUCUCAGUGAAGUCUUUAUCUGAGGCAUCCGUUUCUGUCGACAGAUUUAAGAGUUUAUUUCUAAUGGAAGAGGUUCAUAUGAUAAAGAAAAAACCAGCCAAUCCUCACACCGCGAUAGAGGUGAAAAAUGCUACCUUGGCUUGGGACUUCUCCCACGCCAGCGUCCAGAGCUCACCAAAGUUGACCCCCAAAGUGAAAAAAGACAAGAAAGUAACCAAGGGCAAGAAAGAGAAAAUGAAGCUGCAGAAUGAGGGACAGCAAGCUGUGCUGGCAGAACAGAAGGGCCAUCUUCUAGUGGACAAUGAUGACCAUCCUAGCCCCGAAGAGGAGAGCAGAAACAUCCACCUGGUUAACCUUCGGCUUCAGAGGACUCUGUAUAACAUUGACUUGGAGAUAGAAAAGGGAAAACUUGUUGGAAUUUGUGGCAGUGUGGGGAGUGGAAAAACUUCACUUAUUUCAGCAAUUUUAGGACAGAUGACCCUUUUGGAGGGUAGCAUUGCAGUAAGUGGAACAUUCGCAUAUGUGGCCCAGCAGGCCUGGAUUCUCAAUGCUACGCUUCGGGACAACAUUCUUUUUGGCAAGGAAUAUGAUGAAGAAAGAUAUAAUACUGUGUUGAAUGGUUGCUGUCUAAGACCUGACCUAGCCAUCCUUCCAAAUGGGGACCUGACAGAGAUUGGUGAACGAGGAGCUAAUCUGAGUGGAGGACAGCGUCAGAGAAUCAGUCUGGCUCGAGCCCUGUACAGUGACAGGGACAUCUACAUCCUUGAUGAUCCCCUUAGUGCCUUAGAUGCUCAUGUUGGAAAUCACAUUUUUAACAGUGCAAUAAGGAAGCACUUGAAGUCAAAGACUGUCCUUUUCAUCACCCAUCAGCUUCAGUAUCUUGUUGACUGUGAUGAAGUGGUCUUCAUGAAAGAAGGUUGCAUUACUGAACGAGGAAGUCACGAGGAAUUAAUGAAUUUAAGUGGGGACUACGCAACCAUUUUUAAUAACCUCCAACUGGGAGAAACACCACAUAUUGAGAUUAACGUAAAGAAGAACACAAACAGUUCACUGAAAAGACCCCAGGAUAAAGGUACCAAAGCUGGCUCUGUGAAGAAGGAGAAGGUUGUGAAGAAGGAAGAAGGCCAACUGGUUCAGCUGGAAGAGAAAGGCAAAGGCUCUGUCCCCUGGUCUGUUUACGGUAUCUACAUUCAGGCAGCUGGAGGCCCCUUUGCAUUCCUUGUGAUAAUGGCACUGUUUGUGUUGAACGUGGGCAGUACGGCUUUUAGCAACUGGUGGCUGAGCUUCUGGAUCAAGCAAGGCAGCGGAAACACCACUGUGACUUUGGGGAAUGACACUGUCAUAAGUAAUAGCAUGAAAGAUAACCCCCACAUGCAUUACUACGCCGGUAUCUAUGCUCUGUCUAUGGCAGUAAUGUUGGUUCUGAAAGCUGUUCGUGGUGUUGUUUUUGUAAAGGGAACUCUCAGAGCAUCCUCAAGGCUCCAUGACGAGCUCUUCAGGCGGAUUCUGCGUAGCCCCAUGAAGUUCUUUGAUACUACACCUACUGGACGGAUCCUCAAUAGGUUUUCCAAAGACAUGGAUGAAGUGGAUGUUCGUUUGCCGUUUCAAGCAGAAAUGUUCAUCCAAAACGUUAUCCUCGUGUUCUUCUGCGUGGGGGUGAUUUCAGGGGUAUUCCCUUGGUUCCUGGUGGCAGUGGGUCCCCUCAUUGUCCUGUUCAUGGUUCUGCAUGCUGUGUCUAGAGUCUUUAUUCGAGAGCUCAAGCGACUGGAUAACAUCACACAGUCUCCAUUCCUGUCUCACAUUACGUCUAGCAUACAGGGUCUCUCCACCAUCCAUGCAUACCACAAAGGACAGGAAUUCCUGCACAGGUAUCAGGAGCUCCUUGAUGACAAUCAGGCACCAUUUUACCUGUUCAGCUGUGCGAUGCGCUGGCUGGCUGUACGGCUGGACAUUAUCAGCAUUGCUCUUAUCACAACCACCGGCCUUAUGAUUGUUCUGAUGCACGGCCAGAUUCCUCCAGCCUAUGCUGGGCUGGCUAUCUCAUACGCUGUGCAAUUAACAGGGUUGUUCCAGUUUACAGUCAGACUUGCUUCAGAAACAGAAGCUCGCUUCACGUCAGUGGAGAGGAUCGAUCACUAUAUCAAGACUCUUUCCCUGGAAGCUCCUGCUCGAAUUAAGAAUAAAACCCCCCCUCUGGAUUGGCCCCAGGAAGGUGAAGUUGUCUUUGAAAAUGCAGAGAUGCGGUACCGAGAAAAUCUCCCUCUGGUACUAAAAAAAGUGUCCUUUACCAUCAAACCCAAGGAGAAGAUUGGCAUUGUGGGAAGGACAGGCUCAGGCAAGUCUUCCCUUGGAAUGGCACUUUUUCGUUUGGUUGAACUGUCUGGAGGCUGCAUUAAAAUUGAUGGAGUGAAAAUCAAUGACAUUGGUUUGGCGGAUCUUCGCAGCAAACUCUCAAUAAUCCCUCAGGAACCUGUGCUGUUCAGUGGCACCGUAAGAUCAAACUUGGAUCCUUUCAAUCAAUACAGCGAGGAGCAAAUCUGGGUUGCUUUGGAAAGGACUCACAUGAAGGAGUGUGUUGCCCAGCUGCCCAUGAAACUCGACUCAGAAGUAAUGGAAAAUGGGGAAAACUUUUCAGUUGGAGAGAGGCAGUUACUGUGCAUCGCUCGAGCUCUGCUGCGUCGCUGCAAGAUUUUGAUACUGGAUGAAGCAACAGCUGCUAUGGACACAGAGACCGACCUGCUGAUUCAGGAGACCAUCAGAGAGGCAUUUGCCGACUGCACUAUGUUAACGAUUGCUCAUCGCCUGCAUACUGUACUGGGUUCCGAUCGGAUCAUGGUGCUAACUCAAGGACAGGUAGUGGAAUUCGACACGCCGUCUGCCCUUCUGGCCAAUGAGAACUCGCGCUUCUAUGCUAUGUUUGCUGCUGCAGAGAACAAGGCUGGGAGUCCCUUCAGCUUUCCCGAUGCCAGCCCUGGCUCUUGCCUAGCCCAGCAGUGACCCAGAGAGCUAAAGUGCAGGAAGCUCAGCCUCCAAAAUCAGGAAUGCUGUACAAAGGAGACAGGAAGGCACAGCUGGAGGGGAGGCGAAGUGAGGCUGCUCUCUUCAGGAGGUGCUAACUAACAUUAGCAUAGCUGUGAGGGGGAGCUGCGCUCAGGAUUCAUUGCACCAAGCUGCUGUUUGCCCCUUGUGCUCUCCUGAAUUGGUGAACGUGAUCUGAGAGCGACAGAUGUACAGCUUGAGAGGGAUGUAACAGCUUGAGAGGGAUGGACCUAAGACAGCUUUCAGGUUUGCUGCGAGGGCCUUGGGAAUUGCAUCCGUUCUGUGCAGUGAGUGCGACGGAUCCUGAUUCAUUGUCCUAAGGUUAGAAACUCUUAGAGCACGUUCCUGCUUGUCUGGUUAGCGCAGUUACCACUCGCUGGGGACGUCAAACAAAAUGGAGGUAGGAGGCUCCUAAAGCCUCCCCAUGGCCUCGCUCUGCGCUGUGAUGGGCAUAAUUACAUCUGAGGUCGGGCCCUGAAGCUGUGCCAGACUGAGCACCCAUGGGGACUUUGCUGUGAGCGGAUGGGGGCUGAGGCGCUGGGAGGAAAGGGUGAGUGCAGAAAGUGGCUUACAACAAGAGUGUGUAGAGAAAAACGAGAGGAGGACAGAAGCGCUCCCUGAAGCUGUGUCUGAAGAAUAUGAUGGGGAGAUGGCGGUAUCUGUAGUGCUGCUGUGCUGCAGCUGCACUGCGUGUGGCUGUGAGCGCUCAUCACAACGUGCUCCGUGCGGCCGCAGCGCCGGGCCGGGCUCACACUGCGGGGCGUAGGGCGCGAUUGCGGCUGAGCCGAGCCGUGCCGUGUCGGUGCGAUGAGAAGCGCUGCGCUGUCAGUGAGGCUCGGGGGGCCUUGGGAACGUGCGCUGCGGGUUCGCUAAGCACACAAUAAAGGUUCGUGUGUCACUGAA